AUGAGUGAGUACGCGUUCUAUCACUACAGCCCUAGCGUGGCUGCAGCAAUCAUCGCCCUGGUCUGCUACGGCGCGAGCACCGGCUUCCACAUCUUCCAGCUAUGGAAGCUACGUAGUUGGUUUUUCACAACCUUCGUCGUGGGGGCGAUCAUGAUGACCGUAGGCUACGUGUUCCGCGCCGUCUCAGCAAAAGACAAAACCGCCAUCGGGCCCUACAUCGGACAAAACGUCUGCAUCCUCCUGCCCCCUUCCCUCUACGCAGCGACAAUCUACAUGAUAUACGGCCGCAUUGUCCUCUUCGCUCGCUCUCCUGAACUGUCCAUAAUCUCACCGCACAAGGUCACCAAAAUCUUCGUGAUAGGGGAUGUAAUCGCGUUCCUGAUGCAAGCUUCCGGCGGUGGGAUGAUGGCCAAGUCUUCCAUGUCUAGUCUCGGCCAGAAGGUGACCAUCGUGGGACUCUUCGUGCAGUUGAUAUUCUUCGGUGGAUUCUUCUCUCUCUCUGUUAUUUUCCACCAACGGGUGCAGAAGCUGAAACGCGUUCGAGUGCUUUCAAUGCCGUAUGGGCCAUUGUUAUAUGUCCUGUUUGGAGUGUCAUUGCUGAUUAUUCUUCGGUGUUUGUUUCGCAUCAUUGAGUUCUGUCAAGGAAAUGACGGGUAUCUUGCCAGUCAUGAGGUGUUUAUGUAUGUGUUUGAUACCCUUCCGAUGUUCGUGGUGCAGAGUGUUUUCCAUUUUCUUCAUCCAGCCAAUGUGCUUGGGGUGAAGGCGUAUAGUGAAUUGGAAAUGGGGGUGUGA